AUGGCUCCGCCGGCCCUCCACCCUCCCUCCCCCUCGGGAUCGACCGAACGAUUGGCCGAGGAGCUUGCUCCAACAAUUGACCAGCUGAAGAAUCUCGGCGCGGGCGCCGCGAUCACUCUUCCCCAGGCCCUUUCGACCACUGAGCCUCUUCUCCGCCUUCGCCAUACCUUUAUCGACGAUGCACGUCCUCGCGCCGCUAAAGAUGCCUUCCGUUAUCUCCAGGGAUUCCAGACAUUGUUGGGCUUCGCUGAACAAAUCGCCGAACUAUACCACCCUGAAAAUCUAUCUAAAGAGGAGCGCAAGGGCCUACUGAGCAUAUUCAAAGAUGUGCUUGGUGUUGUGGCAGAAGGCUUGAAGGACCAUUUUGGCAACAAACGAUAUUUUACCAGGAAAAUAGCUGGAGGUGGUAUCGCUGCACUGGAACGAAUUUUGACCUCGUUGGUCAGGAAGAUAGGCACAGCUGAAGGGGACGCACAUCACCUUUACGGCGCCAUCUUAGCCGCAGCGCUAUGCCAGGAGACAGUAUCGGGCAUAUUCGUAACGCUCAGCACAAAGUUCUCGUCAGAUACGCCCCCAGCCUCAGCACAAGACAUACAAGAUGCCGUGGAUCGUUGCAUAGGCUCCGCGGAAACGGUCGAAGUCCCAGAAUUACUUGGCCCAUUCCUUUGUGUGUGGCUAAUACAUUCGUCCUUUUCACCCGGAUAUGAGACCCUACGUCUUGCUUUGCCCGCUUGCCUCUGCCAGUUGGCUUCACAAUCCAGGAGGAACAUCGUGGCUUUGCAUGCUACCAACAUGCUGACCUCGAUCCUCCCGCUUCUGUUCGAUGGCGUACGAUCCGACAGUGAAAAGACAAUCUAUCAAAACCUUGCACAGUCCCUCUGCGUGCAGGGUAUGAGUAGUUUGGAGGAUGCUGUCUCUUUGUAUCGGGGGGCACACGAAAAUCCUCAGAUCUUGAAAGUCUUGCUGUCUGCGCUCAAAUCCUCCAAGGAGCCCCCAUCAAUACAAUUCGAUAUGUCUAGACAUGGAUUCUGUUCCGUCGAGUUUGCAACACUUGGUCGGCCAUUUCCCCCCACUAUGUCCUCGGGCUACACCCUAGCAGCCUGGGCUCGUUUCGAUGAAUUCGACCCCAAUACGCAUACUACAAUUUUUGGUGCAUUUGAUGCGAGCCAGACGUGUUUUAUUCUUGCAUACCUGGAGAGAGAUACGCGGCAUUUUAUCCUUCAGACCUCCAUUCGGGGUGCCCGGCCCAGUGUUCGAUUCAAGGCCGCAAAGUUCGAGCCUAAUCGUUGGUAUCACAUUUGUAUUGUUCACAAGAGACCGAAGCCAAUGUCCUCGUCUCGGGCGUCCUUGUUUAUAGACGGCGAGUUUGUCGAACAGCUUAAGAUCGAGUACCCCUCAGUGCCCACUAGUCAGCACCCGAGCAAGCCUCCCCGGAUCCAGGCAUUCUUCGGCACGCCCCAAGACUUGGCAAUGCGUCUCGGGAAGGGGGUCUCCACUUCUCGAUGGUCUCUCGUCAAUGGAAUGCUCUUCGACGAGGCCUACAGUGAUGAUAUGGUAGCCGUAUUUUACAACCUUGGGCCGAGGUAUUAUGGAAAUUUCCAAGAUUGCCUAGGCUCUUUCCAGACAUACAAGGCUUCCGCAACCCUCAACCUGCGCAAUGAACAUCUUCACCCUGGCAAAGAAGAAGCCUCCGACAUUGUGACUGCUAUUCGAAGACGAGCCAGCACUCUGGUCCGUGAGAGCUCGAUUCUGAUCAACGUUUCACCUAUUGCUGUGCUCGAUGACGAUGACAGUAAUAAUGUCGACGAAUCCCAGUUAAUCAAAUGCCUCUCAAGACAGGCAGCUAAGAGCCUACAGCAGCUAACAAAGGCUGGCGGCAAUGCGGUGGCAAUGAAUGGCGGCACUCCGGCCAUCAACGAUGGUCUCACCCAGCCUCAAGGAGUCGGUAUCCUGACAGGUGAUCCCGUUGUCGCUGUCCCCAGGGCAAUGGACGACGCCAGUUGGUGUAUUGGAGGUUGUGCCGCGGUGCAUCUCAGCCUGAUCAAGGCGGCAAAUACGGCGGAAAGCAUCCGAAUGGCUGUGUCCGCCCUUUAUGAAGCUGUACAGGACAAUUGGAGAAACAGCGAGGCGAUGGAACGAGAGAACGGAUAUGGCAUUCUCGCGGCCUUGCUCAGGGAGAAACUUGGGUUUCACGUCGGCAAUUCAUCUGCUGCGAAUAAAAUAGCUGCGGUCAGCUUUGAUCCUCAGGAGUUGUCUGUUUUGACACUCGAUCUAUUGCAUCUGACGCUCGCGUUUGUUGGCUACGAUUUUGAGCGCCCCAAUCGCUCCAUCAUCACAAAUCCACUCGCUUACCGUGUUCUGCUAGUAGACUUGGAUGUUUGGCGACUAGGUGAUUCACCGGUUCUCGAGCUAUACUACUCCCAGUUCUGCACUUUUUCUUCGGACAGCAACUACCGCCGUUUCAACGCCAGGCGGCUCAGCCGAAUGCGCGUCAACAAGAAAUUGUUGGAGACUUUGAAGAGUGGAGAUUUGACGAAGGAAUCUCUUCAGCCCUGUCUGUCGGCGUUUCGGUCAUUGAUGGCGAGCAACCCCUCUCCUGAUUUACUACGGUCACUAUCACUGUCAAUCACUUAUGUUCUCCACAAACCCAAAGCCCCGACCAGUCUACAGAAAAAGAAGAGCCUUCGAUACUUGACCCCGUCAUCCCGUCCUACAUCGGCGAGGUCGGAUAGCAAAUAUGUUUCCAGUGUUACUCUGGGCACUGAAAUGUUGCGGCUAUACUGCUCUGUGCUAUGCAAUCCACGAGAUCCUGCUCCACUGAGGAAGUUCGCUAAAGCUGUGACAAGCAAGUGGCUUCUUUACCUAAUGUGCGAGGAUGAACCCGAAAUCGCCCUACUUGCAACAAAGAUACUGGCGCGCUUGCUUGUGAUUCAUGGCAGUGCAUACAGCAAGAAAUUCGCCGAGAAGAGUGGUGGAUACAUCAUCUUAGAGCAUCAUCUGAAGAGAUGGUGGAGCGUUCCAGCUUUGUGGCCCAUUUGUUUCUCUAUCCUCUUCGGCGUUGACCAUGCUUCACUGGAUCUCAGCAAGCCCUUUGACAUGGCUGAAUUGCUAAAAGCAUUCUUGGAGGGGGGUGAGGCCAAGGUGGUAUUCCCUGAUAUGCUACCAGUCAUCAUCAACAUGCUGAAAAGUGGCACACGGAGCACAAUUAUGGCAACAGAGACAGAGGAAAUGAGUCAGAAACCGCUAGUAGAACAAGCGUCUGAGUGCGAAAAACCUCGCAUGAAUUCACUCAAACUACCAGAUCGAAACAUACCCGGGUUUGCCCUCCUCAGUUCAAUUGUCCAGUUUUUGGCAGAAGCACGUCGAAAGUCCCCCAUCUUCCAAGAGUUCACUACACAUUCUACCUACGUGCAGGAGCUUCUUUCCGUGCUCUACCCUGUCAUUGUCGGUGCAGAUACUGUCAGUCCCAACGCUGAAUUGAAUUUCCGACACAGUGGGCUCAGCUUUGAUGACAGCAAUUUGGUCUUGCGCCCACGCUCGGGUACAACCGGCACACCUGCGCCUUUGCAGACAACCACAGUGGACUGUUCAGAGAAUCCCCAUGAGAGUACAAGCUCUUUGAGACGAGGUUCCUCCUUCAUUUUGGUCUCUUCUGAUAAAUCAAAACUACAGCCAUCAUCCGCACGUAUCAAGCGUUUCGUCGACCCCACUUUCACUGGGAACAAGACUGCCACAGACCAUCCUCUUGCUAAGGCUAUAUUGGAGUUAGUCCUUGAUGUAUUCCAGGAUCAGCUUCUGGGGCGUAAAGACUUCACAGGACUUGGACUUUAUCUCAAGACUCCGCCUGGCUUCCUGGAACAUCAAGCCUAUUUCAACUCUUGGGUGUUUGGCUGUUUGCUUUCGACGUUACAAGACCUACCUAUAGUGCGGCCAGGUCUUUUACAUGAGCCUCGGACAUUGACCAAUCUCGGACGCCUCGCGAUACAUCUCACUGAGGCGGUUUACGAGGGUUGGUUUAUCAACGGAGGGUCCUCCACUUUGGAGUACAUCGGCACUAUCUUGGAAUAUCUCCAGCGCCCAGACAUUUCCGAACUGAAAAGCAUCCGUCUGUGUGGUCCAGCCGUGACAACAAUUCGAUCGACGCUGUACAAAGUCGUCUUGCUUCAGCUCUCAGAAGCUGAUGAUGCCUCGACAGUCCCACUGCUUACUCGUUUGAACUAUUGGCAAGUGGUUGUGCUCGGGGCGACUGAAACCCAGUCAAAGCACCUACAGCUCCUUUGCUAUCUCUUGUACAACAAAUUGAUCAGCACAGAUAAGGAGGUUCGCUCUGCUGCUGCUAGCUUAUGGAGAAUCAUUCUUGUGCAGGCACCGGAUGAGAUAACUGCACUUCUUGGGCACGGACCUGCGUCUCUCCAGCGCCGACUGGCAGAUGGAUUUGACGCACUAUCAGGGAUGGAAGACGAAUCUUUCUUAGGUUGGAUCGAUGAGCAACGAGAAGAUCUUGAUGCUUUGUUCUUCGGAUAUCUCUCUCGAUCAUGGGAAAACUUCGUGCACGAAGAAAACAUCAGCUGCGAAGAAUCUGUCAGAACUCGAGUUACAAAGCGGAAAGACAAGCUCAGGCAGUGGGCGCAGAUCGAGAAAUUCGAUGAAGAUAUGAUCAGAAAGCAUGACGCGACACUACCACAUUGGAUCUCGAACAUCGCAGCCUCCGAGUUCUUGAAAUCCCAGCGAUUCCUGCAAGACUUGCAAGACAGCUCUACCUUCAUGUGGUCUGCUUUGUCCGACUUGCUCCUCGAUUUGCGACGCCCCGGUGGCCUUCUUUCGGAAGACAAGGAAAGGAGAUGGUGGCUCGACCAAACAGAAGGUCGUAGUCGUAUGCGUUUGCGUCUCGUCCCAGACGAGUCAGGGGAUCGACAGGAUUAUCAGCCAAAGCGCAAAGCAUCGGAGCCUCCUGCAAUCAAGCUAGACACCCGGAUACGUGCGCUCUCGGAGGGUGAGGGCUUGUCAACACCCAAUCCUCUCAACCCGGAGAAUGACAACGUGGAACCCGUGUCGGCGAACGGUGACAGCGACAAUCGAAGUCUUCUAGAAGACAAUUUCGAGCUGAUCGAUGACCCCAAGAUCGAGUUGGAAGACUACGAAGAUAGAAACCGAAAGGUGAUGAGAUCUCUUCAGCGUGGGGAUCAAGUGCAAAGCGUUUGCAACUUGUCCCGAAUAAUUGGCUUGGAAGCAGUUGAAGGCAUCCUGAUACUUGGCAAAGACUGCAUCUACAUCCUUGACAAUUUCUUCCAAAGAGCAGACGGUGAAAUUGUUAAUGUCUGGCAAGCCCCCAACGAGGAGCGAGACCCCUACGUUCGCAUGAUUGCUGGUCGUGAAUCCAAUGACCGUCGCUCACAAGAGCAUGAAACCAGAAGCUGGAAAUGGUCUGAUGCGGUCAGCGUUUCCAAACGCCGCUUCUUGUUCCGCGAUGUUGCCCUGGAAAUAUUCUUCACGGAUGGAACUAGCUACUUGUUGACCUUGAUGUCGACCAAGGCAAGAGAUGAUCUGUGUACUCAGCUUGGCGUCAGGGCCCCGCAGGUUACUGGGAGUACUGGCCACUCACGCCCAGAAGAUAUUUGGCGAUUUGAAACCCUUCGCAGUCAGGACGAUGCACCGCAGUCAUUUGGAUCCAAGUUUGCCAGUGUCUUCGGGCAUCUCCCGUCAAACCCAGCGACGCGGAAAUGGGUCAAGGGUGAAAUUUCGAACUUCCAUUAUCUCAUGUUGAUUAACACUUUUGCCGGACGCACCUUCAAUGAUCUAACCCAAUACCCGGUGUUCCCAUGGGUUCUGGCAGACUACACCAGUGAGGAGCUCGAUCUCACCAACCCUGCAACCUUCAGGGACCUUUCAAAGCCCAUGGGAUGUCAAACCAUGGAGCGAGAAGCCGGGUUCCGGGAACGGUAUAAUGCUUUCGCUGAGAUGGGCGACGAUAACUCCCCUCCCUUCCACUAUGGUACACAUUACUCCUCGGCCAUGAUUGUCUGCUCGUACCUCAUCCGCUUGCAACCGUUUGUCAAGUCUUACCUCCUUCUCCAAGGCGGGUCCUUUGACCACGCUGAUCGUCUCUUUUAUUCGAUCCGCAAGGCGUGGGAGUCGGCAUCCAGAGGAAACAUGACGGACGUUCGAGAACUGAUCCCUGAGUUCUUCUAUCUUCCAGAGUUCCUGACCAACUCCAACAAGUACGACUUUGGUCUUCUCCAAAAUAUGACCACGGCGAUUGAUUCGGUUGAGCUGCCCCCAUGGGCCAAGGGCGACCCCAAAAUCUUCAUUGCCAAGCACCGAGAGGCACUCGAGAGUCCCUACGUAUCUGAGAACCUGCAUCACUGGAUUGAUCUCGUUUUCGGCAGUAAGCAAAAAGGCGAAGCGGCCAUUGAGUCCGUCAAUGUCUUCCAUCACUUGUCCUACAAAGGCGCCAAAGAUCUGGAUGCCAUCGAUGACCCAAUGGAACGGCUGGCCACUAUUGGUAUCAUUCACAACUUUGGGCAAACCCCGCAUCAGAUAUUCCAUAGAUCUCAUGCCGUUCGGGAAGAUCAAAAGCAUCGUGUUCCCCGGCUGGAUACUCUCGCCGAAUCAUUGACGCAGAUGCCUCUGUCUUUGCUAAACAUAGAUGAGCGCGUGGCUACUCUGUCAAUGAAACAGGAUCGUUUGUUAUGCACUGCAGCCCUCAGGCUCAAUGUCCCACCAACUUUCGAAUAUUACAUGGAAUGGGGGUUCUUCGAUGGUAGCGUUCGUUUCUACACCGCUGACACUCGCAAGCUUCUGGGUCACUUUGAACACCUGCAUGUUGGUCAAUUGUCGUGUGCCAGCUUUGCGGAUUCUCGCACCCUUGUUACCUGUGGCACAGACUGUACCAUCUCAUUGUGGACGGUCACUGCAACGUCCAGGUCGGUCGACUUGCAGCCUAUCGGCUCUCUCUUUGGUCAUCGGUCCCCUGUCACGGCAUUAGCCGUGUCCCGUUCCUUCAGUGUCUUAUUAUCUGCGUCUAAUGACGGUCACAUCAUGCUGUGGGAUCUGAAUCGGCGAUCCUUCGUGCGCGCUCUACCUACUGAAGGUGCGGUAGACUGUGCUCGGAUCAACGAUGUCACCGGCGACAUCAUGGUCUGCCGCGGCACUCGCCUGAGCCUCUACACCCUCAAUGGGGUUGUGCUUGUGGAUCAACCGGUUAGCGAAUCUAGUGAUGAUCGCGUCUUGUCUUGUGUUUUCUACGAAGGUGUACAGAAUGAAUGGCUCGAACGCGAGUUGGUGCUGACUGGUCAUACACGCGGUGUUGUCAACGUUUGGAGCAAGAGCAUUCGAGGCGGUCAAUUUGAACUGGAGCUGAUCCGACAGCUGCAUCAUACGGACAGCAAUCGCGACAAUGGCGCUAACAUUAGUGCGGGUAUCAGUUGCAUGCUGGCCCUUCCCCACGUGGUAUACACGGGGGAUGAGGCGGGCCGAGUUUACGAGUGGAACUGCAUUCAACGCCGCUAG